AUGGAUACGCGCAUUCCAUCCAAAGCAGACGCGCCCGAGUACACCUUUGCUCUUGCCUACCGAAAGCCCGAACCCAUACCCAAAACCUGGGAGGCCAUGGCAGGUGACAACGGCGUCAGUUUUCUCGAUCUACCGCGAGAGCUAAGAGACAUGAUCUACAACUACAUCUGCACCGACCUGCCACAAAUCGGAGACGGAUGGCGUGAUAAGCACGACGAAGGAAAAUACGGCAUCCCCGCCGCCACCGAGGCUCAGGCCGAUAUAUUGCACGACUGCAAUAUCAUGAGGACGUGCCGCCAGGUGCAUUGGGAAUUCGCCGAAAUGCUCUACGCGCAACCCCUCCAAAUCUGCAGCCCCAUAUACGAGUUUCAGACUCAGUUCAUCCUGCCCGGCUCGCAUAUCCUGCCCUUGUCGCCAACAUACGCAGAUCUCGUUAAGAAGGUGGCUGUCCUUCACGACACAGAAAUCGGGCACACCCGAGACCAGUACCACAAAUUUGGGAAAAAUACUUUAGUCGAGAAUCAUUGGCGGAAUCUUGUCACGAUCGCGACGCAGUUAGGAAAGCUCUUUCCCAAGAUACAGACUGUACGCGUGCUUUAUCGCAUUUGCCCACGGGAUUACAGUCGUGAUAAGACAUUCCAGACUCUGUGCGGACUACAUGGCGACACCAGAGAGAAGCAAGUCGAGAAGUCUGAAAAGUUUAUCAAGGGUGUGUGUUGGAGUGAUGGGAGACCCGUGAAGCUGCCACCGCAACUAGAGCUGGUGAACUUGGACUUCGACACCAUCGUCGAAACCCCUUUGGUUGAAGCUAUAAAGAACGUGCGAGCUGCAGAGCUGCAGAAGAAAGAGCUCAAGGGAAAGCAGUGUGCGUAA